AAGUUAUUUCGUGUAGUCGCACUUUCUAAAGAACGCAGAUAUAAAGCCGCAUUAUUCGCAAUUAAAAGCAAUAAAUAAAGAAAAUAAUAAACUAAAUUCAUUCCAUUCGUAGUUUUUGUGAAAAUAUUUUGUGUGUAUCGACAGUAAAAAUGGAUCUUGGCGGUCCGCAAGUAUUAACAAACAUUUUAUCCCCUGAAGAAUUGGUGCAGACACCACAAGGGGUGCAAGAUAAAUUGAAAAAAUAUUUAGACGAAUUUUUUGAUGAAUAUUAUAAAGAUAAAGCAGCGGCUAAUCGACUACAUGAUUAUGAGCUUAAAGCCGACGAGUUACAAGCUCAAAUACAGGACUAUGAAUUAAAGUUACAAAACUACAACCAAAAUGUUACUGAACUUCGUAGCCAGUUGGAUACGGUGUCCAAUGAACGCAAACAAUUACUGGAAACAACUAGUUCCUAUGAAAGAGAAUUGUCCUCCUUGCGCAAUGAAAAGAAGGCCAUAGCAGAUGAUCGUGACCACUUGUUGAAAGUGAUCGAAAGACAAAAUAGCGAAUUGGAACGCUUGCAACAGGAUCUGAAAGCCUAUCAACAACAGCUCAAAGCGGCCAUUACUGCCAAAUGUGAAGCUUUAGCUCGAGUAGAUGAAAUCGAGAGCAAAGAGGUGUCAUUGGAUUUCAAAGAACGACGCAUGGAACAGGAACGCGAUAUGUUGCACAAACAAAUUCAAACACUGUCACAGGAUCUUAAUCGCAAUAUUUCCGAAUUGCAGAACAUCAGACGGGAGAAUACCAUGAACACUAUGCAGUUGGAAGCACGUUUGACCGAGAAGACCGAAGAAGUCAAGAUCAUACAAGUUCAGUGCAAUCAAUACAAGGAGACUAUCGAGCGCUUAUCACAAAAUAUCCAAGAACUGUCCACUAAAAUGCUGGGUCAAAGUGAAGAGGCUCAAAAAAUGAUGGAUUUCUAUAAGAAGGAAUUAGAUGCCAAAACCAAGUUAUCCGAUCUAUACAAGAGCAAUUGCGAGGACACCGAUGUCGAACGUAACGAAUUGUCAGCUGCUCUAGCAGAUCUCAAGAGAAUGUUGGCCGAAGCCAGUGACCAAUAUGGUGAACUGGAGACCACAUUCAAGGCCACCCAACUGAAACACGAGCAAGAUUUGGAAGAAAGAAACAAAGUUAUAGAAUCGCUUAAAGAUGAAGUAAAACAUGCCAAUGAAUUGCUAAAGGAACUACAAGAUGAAAGCGUAGAAAGUGCUAUAUCUAAAUUAGCACCCACCGCUGCAGUUGCUUCACGCUUGAUACGCUCCGACAUGUCUCUUACCGAACUCUACUCGUUGUAUGUUAAAGCCACCGAAGAAUCGGAAAUGCAGAAACGUGAAUUGGCCAGAUUAAACCUUCAGUUGAAAACAAUUCUAAGUGAGCUCAAUGAAAAUGCCCCCAUGGUUAAGAAACAGGAGUUGGAAUACGAAAAACUCUUGGAAACCAACAAUAUACUGGCCCAUCAACGUGACGAAUUGUUGUCUAAGAAAUCCGAUAUGGAAGAGUUGUUAGUGGACGCCCACGCAAAAAUGAGCCACGUGGAAAGAGAAAACAAGAAGCUCAAACAUUCACAAACUGAUCUCAGCCGCCAAGUAUGUUACUUGCUCAAAGAAAUAGAACAAUUGCGCAUAGGCUUAUCCACCGACGGAGCCAAUUGUAGUUCUUCACAAUGGGGUAACAUUACCACCACAGACGAGGUCAUAUCUAAGAAACUGGUAACGUUCAAUAACAUUACAGAACUGCAAGAAAACAAUCAAAAACUGUUACUGCUCGUUAGAGAUCUCAGUACGAAACUUGAAGAAGCAGAGGCUCUCAAGCAAGAAAUCGACGAGGCUUCUUAUCAAGAGAAGCUAGAGAACUACGCCAGUAAAUUCCAAAGUAUGCAAGACACUCUGAAUCAACAAAACAACACGGUAGCCACUUUGGUUUCCAAAUGCGAACGUUACAAGAAAUUGUACUUUGAGUUGCAAAAGAAACUCAACAAACAAUCCUCGCCAGACGAACUAAGCGACAUGGAAGAUGACACCAUGGGUGGCGAUGAAAACGAAACUAUAAACAUGACUGCUCAAUCACCGGCCGCCAAGAAUGCCAAAUCCAAAGAAUAUGAAAAGCGUAUACGUGACUUGGAACAGCAAUUACAAGAUGUCAGAGAUAACUACAAGACCCUCAAAGAGCAGUAUGAAUAUUAUUCGCAUGAAAAGAAGAACAAUGAAAAGAUCCUCAACGAGCAGUUCGAUUCAAUGCGCACCGAGGUCAGAGAACUCACUUCCACCAAUUGCAAGUUGGUGUCCACUCUGGAAUACACCAAAGAACAAAUCAAGUUGCAACAAAAGAAUAUACAGACUUAUAAACAGCAGAUACAGGCUCUAGAAGAUCGCAAUAAGAACUACGAGAAUACCAUUGUUAAACAUGAACAAUCAGUUCUCUAUCUUAAAGACGAAAUCAUGAAGUCACAACGUAACCAAUCUGCCGCCGAAUCAGAAUCCAAUCGUUUAAGACAUGAAAAUCGCAUACUCAAGGACACUGUUGGACGUUUGCAAUCAGAAAAGGAAGCCUUUAAUCGUGAACAACAGAGUCAGUCGUUAUUGCUCAAUAACUUGGAACUGAUCAAAUCCAAUUUGGAGAGAUCUGAAAUGGAAGGCAAGGCCAGACUUGAACAGCGUUUGGAUGAAACUGUGCGUGAGUUGUCAGCUCAAAGAAGAAGAUUCCAGGAGGAAGAAGAUCGUUUCCGUGAAACCACCAAUGACUUGAAGCGACAAGCAGAUUCGGCCAAAAAACUAAUGGAAGAUGAAAAGACUCAAGCGGACAAACUGCGUCUAGAACUGAUCAGUAUGCGCGAGGAAAUUCAAACCAAGGCUCUACAAAUAGAUGAACUCAGCAAGAAACUUCAAGAAAGUCUUACACCUUCCAAGAACGACAACCCCAUUGUGUUGGCGAACAAAAAAGCUAGAGAAUUUGAAGUCAAAUAUGAGGAAGCGAAAAUCGAAAUUGAAUCCCUCAUGGCAAAUUUGGCCAAGGCAAAAGAGCACGCCGAUCAAUACUACAAAAUGUCUCAAAGUGCCGAAACAGAAAUUAAAAAUCUGGAUGAAGUUCACACAGCGUUUGUAGAAAAAGCUGAAGCCGAAUUGAAGGAACUGCGCACUUCGGAAAUGAACCUUAAAAAUCGCAUUUCCGAACUGGAAGCCGAUCUGCAAUUGGCCACGGUAAUAGAAGCACCCGUUGCCAAUAAUGCCCCGGCCGAACAAAUUAGAAAGCUGCAAGAAGAACUUAAGGAUGCUCUGCAAAAAGUCAGCGAAUGUAAUCGCAAUUUACGCACUCUAAGAGCCGAAAAUAUCACGCUAUCAGAAAACUUGAAUAGUGUCGAGUCUAAAUAUGCCAAUGAAAUGAUUUUCCACUCAGCUGAUAUACAGGAAUUGGGCAAGGUUAAGCAAGAGUUGGUCAAGAUACAAAGCCAAAUUAACGAACUUACCAUGGACCGAGAUAGUGCCAGGUCGGCUUUAGAAGAAGUCAAGCGCUCACAAGAAGAAAAUAUCGCCCUGUUGCGCAAAGAAAAGGAAGAGUUCGAGAAACGCGUUGAAGAUCUCAACUCUUUGAAUUCCAACCUCCAUGAUCAAAUAGAGGCUCUUUCCUCCAAACUGACCACCAUGAGCCAAUCAGUUACCCCAGCUGCAAAUCCCAAUGAUUCUGCAAUGGACACUUCAAGUACCGAUUUAAGCCGCACCAUGUUGGACGCCGAAGCUGAAAAUAAAAGCAAUGGACAACUAUUACAAAUCAUAAAGUUCUUGCGUAAAGAAAAAGAUUUAACGGUGGCUAAAAUGGACAUACUGAAGGCAGAAACCACAAGACUCUCAUCCGAGUUCACAAUCUUACAGAAGAAAAACGAGGAGUUACAAGACUUCCUUAAUCGCGAGCGUUCGAAGACCGAUACUAAUCUUAUAUCAGCCUCAAAACAUGAGGAAAUUUUACGUAAAAUCGAAACGCUAAAUGCAGUCACCGACAGCAAUCGCGUUUUACGUGAAGAACGCAAUGCGCUUACCCAACGUGUUAAGGACUUGAAUGAUCGCAUUAGCGCCCUAGAGGAUGAACUAUUCCCAUUACAAACGCAAAAUCGUGAUCUCAACACCAAGAUAGACGAACUUAACUCUGAAAAUAAUUCAUUGCGUACUGAGGCCAUGAGAUGGCGUCAAAGAGCAAAUGUCUUAGUGGAGAAGAGUAACAAGAAUCCCGAGGAAUUCAAGCGUUUGCAAACAGAACGUGAGAACUUGGCCAAAAUGCUGACGGCCGAGAAAGAACAAAUGAAGUCGCUUAACGAAGAACUACAGGGUGUUAAGGGUGAAAAGUCACGCCUGGAAGCUGAACUGGCGUCAUUGGAGAGACAGGUACAUGUAAUGACAGAAGAUAAGAAGAGUUUGAACGCCGAUAUCGCUACUAUGAAGCAAACCAAUUCACGUCUUAUGCAAGAGGUCAUGGAGUUGAAGAACAAGCUGUUGGCCAAGGAAGAAGCCGUACAAAAGAUCACCGAAGACCUGGAGUCUAAGGAACAGUUGCUGCAAGAUUCCAAAAAUAAGGAGAUUCAAAUACGCAAGAUCGCCAAGCGUUACAAGGAUUCUUAUUUGGAGCUAUUGAACAAAACACCAGCUUCUACGGCGGGCGGCGGUGAUGCUGCUAACAACACAGCCGGCCAAGAUGGCAUCGAAUUGGGUGGGGCGGCCACUAACAAUCCUGAAGCAACCACAAAGGCCGAGUUGGAGCAACAACGUAGCACAAUUGAAAGUCUAAACGGCGUAAUACGCACCAUGCAAGAGGAAAAUGAAAAGGUACGCAAAGACUACGAAGGUCUCAAAGCUUCGGUGGAAAUCGAUGAACGCACUAAGACUCUUUUGCGUGAGGCUAAAACCCACAUUGUCAGCUUGACCGAGUCACGCAACAUUGUCAGCAGUGAAUUGGCGUCCACAAAGAAUAAAUUGCUGCAAAAUUCUGAAGCUCAUGAAACGGCCAUAAAUGAAAUAAAAUCACAAUAUGAUGACACUUUGGCCCGCCUGGAACGUGAACUGCUGGAGCAAAACAAUCGUAACAAGGAAGAUGUACAACGUUUGACCAGAGAAAACGAAUCACUUAUAAUGCGCAUCAAUCAGUUGAACCGCCAAUUGGGUUUGCAACAGUCUGCCAAACCCUCAACUUCAUCAGUGGCCUCUGAAAAGGGUUCCAUAUCGGAUUCUUCGCCACGAACUGCAAAUGUUAAACCCAUGUCGGGUACAGCUUCAGUCCAACAAUCGGCCACUGUUACACCCUGGCGUGGUGGAGAAACACCUUUGGCCAGCAUUAGGCCAAUAUCGGUGCAAAAUGCUCGCACCGCCGCCAUUCUCCCCACCAGCCAACAAAGUUCUUCGACUGGCAGUAAUGUAGUGGCUGGGACAUCGACAUCUUCCUCAUCCACUUCGUCCACUUCAACGCCAUCGAGCACUCCCUCUUCAGCAGCGGGCAGCAGCAAUACUGCAUUAGUACCACCACAACAACAGGUACACACCACUGGCAGUGCUUCAUUAGAAACCAUGUCUUCAUCGCCUACAUCAUCUCACACUGACUAUAUGCCAUCGACAAGCAGUUCAGCUUCUGUAGCUGUUGCCGCCGUACCACCCAUGGGUUCGGCUUCAGCUGCUGAAAGUUCCCAAGAGGCCGAAAGUAUUCAGCAACCACAACAAAAUGAACCACAGGCCCAUGUUAGCGGUGGUAGUGGCAAUCAGGCACAGGUAGUGGCUUUGGUUUCGCCCAGAGUUGAAGGUUCUGCACAGUCGGCACCCUCCGUCAAUGUGCAACUAAUACAGGAUCCCAAUAAUCCUCAGCCCAGCACUUCGGGAUCCACUGGUUGCUCAUCUCACAUUGCAGUCAGCAGUCACAAUCGACACACACCAUCCAGCAGCAAUGUUACAACCACCCAAGCCGGUUCAUCGGCUGGACACAAACGUCCCAGAGAAUUGGAGGGAGACUCCUCUACGACUGCGGAUGAUUCGGAUAAAUCAUCCACUAAACACCCCAAACGUAUGAGAGCUCCCAUGCAUAGCGCUGAAGCAGCUGUAAUGACUGCUGGUGUUUCCGACUCGGGCAUUGACGUAGACCAAGUACCAACCUCAUCUCAACGCGAUCAAGAAGAUGAUGUUGUCGUCUUAGACUCCGAAGAUGAUGGCAUGGCAGAAGCCGAGGCCGACGAAGGUGGUCCAACCGAUGGAGAUGGUGAACACGAAGUUUACGAAGACUACGAUCAGGAUCAGGACAUGGAUGAAAAUGAAUGCCCCGAAGUGAAUGAGAGCAACUUGCGCCACGAAGUUGGAGAAGCCGACAACAAUGAAGUAGAUGUCGAUGAAGAUUUAGAAAAUCACGGACAAUGCUCGUCAGCCGGAGCGGCUGGUCAAGCAGAUAAUGAUCCUUAUGCGACUGGUGCCAGUACUAGUGCUGCAGCGGCUGCUGCUAUGGCCAAGGCUCACAGUCAACAGGACAACAAUCAACAAAGUCAGGCCAUCAGCAGUGGCAGCGGAGAAUCUCCGCAAAGAAAACAGGCCAACUCUUUGACCAGACAGCAGAAGGCAACUCUAAUGAAAUUGCAGCAGGGUGCAGAUGUAACAGAGACUUCCGAAAUGAGUGGAGCUCGCCGAUCAGACAGCACGGAAAUCGUUAGUUCACCCCAAGACUCUAAAUUUGUUUAUGGCACUGAUAGUGCAUCCUCAAAUACGGCACAACAAUCCGGUGAACCAUCUGCCGAGGAUGGACAAGAAAAUCAGGAUUCUAAUGCUGAUGAAGGAGGAGAAGCAGCCGCAGGCGGUGAAUUUAUGUCAGAAGAUUACGAAAAAAAGAAAACUGCUGAAGCGACAUCGGAGGAUAAUCAAAAGGACAACAUUGAAGAAGCAGUAGAGGGCGAUGAUGAUUUUAAUGAAGAAGAUGCUGGUGAUUCAGUAGAAGCUUCCGAGAAUAUUGACAGUGAAAGCCACCACAGUAGUGGAGCAACACAAUCAGAAAUACAAGAUGAACAACAAAAUCAAAUUGAAGCCACAUCCGAAGACAACGAGGGUGCCGACGGCGUUUCUUCAGAGGGAGAAAAGCAAGCUGUCGAAGAAGUAGAGGAGGAGGGCCGUGAAGCAGAGGCCUCAACUUCACCAUCUAUAACCACCCGUUCUAAGGCAACAAAAGGUACACCCUCAAAUAGAAGGCAAAAUAGAGGUGGUUUCCAGCGUGGCAGCAAUCGUCCCACUCCCAUAGUCUGGCAAGACUCUCCCGGCAAUUCACGUAAUUCUAACAACCAACCGGGUAGCCCAGCUCGUGGUUUUGGAAAUCAUAGAGGUCAACGUGCUAGGCGCAUGCGACGACCAGGCGGUGGCAAUUUUUCCAAUAGAAUUUAAUUUUUUUCAAACUUAAUUUAAACAUUGGUUUUCUUUAAUUAUUUUUUUUUCUACAUUUUAUCGUCAAAUAUUUUUUGUAAAUUGUUUGAAGUGAUUUAUUUUUUUGCUCUAGUUUAGUUAUUAUUUGUAAGCGACCCAACAUUCAUAAAUAUCCUGGCCCACCCUUUUUUUUGUUUGUAACAAAAGGGUUUUCUUUCUUUCAUCUUUUGACCUGAUAAUAUUUUUUCCAUUGAUCUUUUAACAUUUGCAUUGAUAUAAUCGAUCGCUUGUUUUAACUACUUUUUGUCGUGCGUAUCCGUAUCCAUAUUGAAUACAUACUUAAAUUGAACUAACACACACAUACUAUACCGUCACUUAAGAUUCAUUUCAUUUUUAUAAUUAUAGUAUAUAAUUAGUUUUACUCUUCAUAUAAUAAACUAUAUACAUAAUUAAUUAUAAAUAAAUAAUAAAAAAAAAUACAUCAAAAUAUUCACCUAAAAAUACAUACAAUAUUUCAAAAUACAUACAUA